GGGAGUGAUAGUUGUCUUCAUGCCUUGGCAACCUAAUUUCACUUUUCCCAACUACAAUUACUUUAUUUAAUUUCUCUCAUUGUUUAAUUUAAAAUUUUCCCCCAACCGGACUCCAAACCUUUUUAUUAACCAAAAUAUAUAAUUUCCUUGCUUCAAAUAAUUAACAAUUAAUGUCCCGAAUAUUUAAUAUUUUCCUAACAAUUUUUAAAUUUGCAAUUCGGACAAUCUGAGAAAAGUUAGGGAAACUAAAUUGGCCUUUUUAAUUUCAUAAACCUCAUUUUCGCCAUUUUUCCCAAUCCUAAAAAUCUUUUUUCCUCCGAAAUCUCUGAUUUUUACUCCAAAAAAUCCAAUCUUUUCCCCCGAAAAUCGUUCUUCAUCCUCAAGAAUUUUGUUCUUCCCAACCAAUUUAUUUUAUUUUAUAUUCUUAGAGCUUGCUUUCACUCUGAUGCCAUAUCAGAAUCCAGAAAAUAGCUUGUUAAGAAAUCUUGUCAAACGUGUUCGUUUUGUCAAUUUCAUUUCCAUCAGUUUCUCAUCCAAAAAAAAAUAAAAAAAAAAUAAUGGGAUCGUUUUGAAAAAGAAAAAGGUGAUACCAACUUGUUUUUUGUGUUGGGAGUAAAUUAAUGGAAGGCAGUAAUAAUUUGAGUAGCAGCGGAGUUACGGUGGUGGGAUCAGAUGCUCCGUCGGACUACCAUAUGGCCCCCAGGCCAGCCGCCGAAAACCCCACUGGAUCAGCUCCGCCAGCUGCCGCCGUGACGCCGCCGCCUCCAGCUUCUGCAACUCCUACUCCGGUAGCGGGCGGGGUUGGGGCCGUCGCAGGCUUGAAGAAGAAGAGGGGCAGGCCGAGGAAGUAUGGGCCCGAUGGGGCGGUGGCUGGGGCUCUCUCGCCGAAGCCGAUUUCGUCCUCCGCUCCGCCUCCGGUUAUCGACUUCUCCGCCGUGGCGAAGCGCGGGAAGGUCCGGUCAAUCACCUCCGCUGCGAAGGUUCAGCUGCCGGUGGCAAUGGAGGCUGAGAGUAUGGGCGAAUGGGUUUCAUGUUCGGUAGGUGCUAAUUUUACGCCUCAUAUCAUCACGGUCAAUGCUGGAGAGGAUGUCACCAUGAAAGUUAUAUCCUUCUCUCAACAAGGCCCCCGGGCAAUAUGCAUUCUCUCGGCUAAUGGUGUAAUUUCAAGUGUAACUCUUCGUCAACCUGAUUCUUCCGGUGGUACAUUGACGUAUGAGGGUCGCUUUGAGAUACUGUCGUUGACUGGUUCAUUCAUGCCUUCGGAGACUGGUGGAAUGAGAAACAGAUCCGGUGGCAUGAGUGUUUCUUUGGCUAGUCCUGAUGGGCGUGUCGUUGGAGGUGGAGUUGCUGGCUUAUUAGUAGCCGCGAGCCCUGUACAGAUUGUGGUAGGAAGCUUCCUCGCAGGCAACCAGCUCGAGCAGAAGACUAAGAAACAAAAACCUGACUCCUUAUCUAUCAUACCUACUGCUGCCGUACCCAUCUCUAGUGCAGGGAUGGAAGACGCCUUCCAUACAUCCCCGUCGUUUCGUGGGGAUAGUUGGUCUUCGAUGCCCCAAGAAUCGAGGAACAAGCCUACUGACAUCAAUGUGACUUUGCCCGGUUAGCGGACUCUGAUUCUGCAAUCUUGCUUCUUACUGACCUCAUCCCCAUAGUAUUCCUUGUUUAUGGAGGCUUCUAUUUGAGGAAUCUUGUCUCUUAAGCGCUCGCCUUCAAACAACAGCAUGCACGCCGAUUCACGGGUAAGUGUCGUGUAGCGAUUUAGUUCAAUACUUGGGCUUCUCUUUUUCUGUAUUUGUACUGUAGAACGAAUUACUUUGUACAAUUUAUCCUUGGAGUUGAACUCAUGUAUCGUAUGUUGUAGUGUUGGUCUAGAAUCUCAUCUUUUUAGUUUGUAGUUGCCAUUAUUUUGAUGUUUGUUAGGUGGGAAAAAAUGGGGUGAUUGUUUGGGGCAGUGUUUGUCUUUACACAUUUUUAUCUCGGUUGAUAUUGUUCACUUAGUCACAAAUUACUUUCUUUUAUCUUGUACUUUUUCCCAAAUAAUUUUGUUUGGGAUGAAAUGGUUAUUUAUGAUGUAUUCUACUA